AUGCUGUUCAACGAAGUUACUGAAAUCUGUGACGCGCUUUAUACACCAUUUAUUAACUCUUCAGUAGCUAACUUUCUGACGUUAAUAUUAGUAAACAAUACGGUAAUUAGGAUAUUGAACCACUGGCGGGACAACGUAUUUCAGAAAAGUGCGCAUAAAACAAGCGUAUGCGGUACGCUCUGCGGUACUAGGAAUCGAGAGCUGCUAACUGAGUUCAUAUACCAAAAUGUCGAAACGCUCUGGCUUAGGUGUGGUCAGGAAGCUUCAACAUUAGAAUAUGAUGAUGAAGUCAAGAUAACUCCGUUCAAUAUGAAGGAGGAACUUGAAGAAGAUGGACACUUUGAUUCUGCUGGAACUUUCAUAUUCAAAAAGGAAGUUGAUGCUCGUGAUAAUUGGUUGGAAGAUAUUAAUUGGUUAGAAGUGAAAAAAAAUCAAGAGAAAAAUGUACUAAAAGACACGGCAAUAAGCGAUGAACCAGAUGAGAAAGUGUUAAGUAAAGAGGAGAAACUCUCAAUGUAUCAAGAACUUCUGUCUUAUUUACAACCUUCGGAGACAGUUUUGCGAAGUAUCAAACGUAUGGGUGCAUGCUCAGAUGUUAAAAAGUCUGCUUCAGCUAGUGAACGCUGGUUACAGAAAAAGAAACCUAAAACAGACAAUCGUAAUGGCAAUCCAGAAGGUUUGAUCCGUGUCACUGAAUUAGCUGAUCAACUUGUUCAAGCCGGUGAUUUUGAUGUCUAUCAAAAGACUUAUGAAGAUAUUCACAAGCUUAUAGAAUGUACAAAACAAUUUGAAGCAGAUGAUGAACUUGAUGUUCUUGGUCAAGAGCUGGAUGAGAAACAAAGUAGUAAUAAUAAUAAAAUAACGACAACGAAGAUGGUGUAA